AUGAGAUACGACUAUCUCUUCAAACUCCUUCUCAUCGGAGACUCUGGCGUUGGAAAGUCUUGCUUGUUGCUUCGAUUCGCCGAUGAUACGUACACAGAAAGCUACAUCUCCACCAUCGGCGUCGAUUUCAAAAUUAGGACUAUUGAACUCGAUGGGAAGACGGUGAAGCUCCAGAUUUGGGACACAGCAGGUCAAGAACGUUUCCGAACCAUCACGUCGUCUUAUUACCGGGGCGCACAUGGCAUCUGUGUUGUUUACGACGUGACCGACAUGGACUCCUUCAACAACGUGAAGCAGUGGCUUCAGGAAAUUGAUCGCUAUGCCACAGAAGGGGUCAACAAGCUGCUUGUGGGUAACAAGAGCGAUAUGGAAGACAAGAAAGUCGUGGAGUACACCGUAGCCAAGGAAUUCGCCGAUAGUCUUGGAAUUCCUUUCCUUGAAACCUCAGCGAAGAACGCUUCCAAUGUUGAGCAGGCUUUCUUGACCAUGGCUCGGCAGAUCAAAGAGCGCAUGGGGACUGCCACUGUUAACAACAAGCCGACUGUGCAGGUCGGUCAGGGUCAGGGUGUUCAAUCUGGAUCCGCAGGCGGUUGCUGCUAA